GCAGGCGCGAGAGGGGGCUGGCUCGAGGGCGAGGGCGAGGGCGAGGGCGAGUUCCUCCAUGCCGGCGAGGGUCAGUGCCUGCGCAGCCCCGUCGCGCAGGCAGACAUUGCUGGGACGGAGCCGAUGCGAAGGACGACUCCGCUUUUUGGCGUUGAUUUUGCCGCUAAGCCCCCCGCUGCCGCCUCUGCUUCCACACCCGAGACACCCUGGGAUACUGAAGAUGAUUUUACACGCCAAAUCUGCAUUAUGAGAUGGAAGGCACAUAGGCUGAGAUGAUGAGAAAGACAGUUAAAUCUCGGUCUACUGAGAGCUCUGCUGCUGCCGAGCGUUUAGCCGAUUAUAAAGGAGAUCUGGGCAGUGCAGGUGGGUGCUCGACCGGGGAAGACCACGGUGGGGGUGGGUGCUGCAGUGCUGGCAGUGGGGGUGCCAAUUCAGACACCCUCCCAGCCAUCAGCCCAGCCACCACCAACAGUGGGGGAACUGGCUGUGCUAGAGUGCAGAAGGAGAGCGGUCAGCAAAGUGCCACCGUCAACCAGCAUACUGCUCCCACUUCCACUUCCAAAGACCUCAGUAUAAAGGGCAUGAAGGAGAAAAAGCCGUCAACCAGCUCACUGGGGUCUGGGGACAGCACGCAGGUCAAGGUGGUGCGGGUUAUGGUGGAUGACUCAAAGCCCAAACACACUUCCAAAAAGAACAGGCCAAUCCAAGCAGACCUCGAUGUGUCCAAGGAGUUCAACAGAUGCAAAGAUGAUGGCGCCCUGCGGUUGGACCUUAGCAACUCUAGCAUCAGCCAGAUCCCUUCUUCAGUACACAAUCUCACACACCUUGUGGAGUUUUACCUGUACAGUACAUUUAUACCAUCGAUAAUUAAUUUUGGAAAUCAUUCUUACAGAUGCAAAGAUGAUGGCGCCCUGCGGUUGGACCUUAGCAACUCUAGCAUCAGCCAGAUCCCAGAUGUGGUUUACAAACUCACUUCUCUCAUCACGCUCUAUCUCAGGUUCAACAGGAUCAGGGUUGUUGGUGAAGAUAUCAGAAACCUUAAAAAUUUAAUAACCUUAUCAUUACGAGGAAACAAAAUUCGACAACUGCCAGCAGGCAUAGGUGAGCUGACAGGUUUGGCCACGCUGGACGUAGCCCACAAUCACUUGGAGCACCUGUCAGAAGAGAUUGGUAAUUGUCUGUGCCUGCAGACCCUCCACCUGCAACACAACGAGCUCCUUGACCUACCACAAAGCAUUGGCUGUCUGAGAAAUCUUACCUGCUUGGGUCUCAAGUAUAAUCGGUUGACAGCUGUUCCACGAUCACUAAGCAAGUGCAUACACCUUGACGAAUUCAAUGUUGAGGGCAACCAGAUCUCACAACUUCCCGAGGGCCUCCUGAGCUCCCUCUCCAACCUCUCUUCCCUUACUCUGUCACGCAAUGCCUUCAACUCUUACCCUGUAGGAGGCCCUUCCCAGUUCACCAAUGUGCACUCCAUUAACUUGGAGCACAAUCAGGUGGACAGGAUUCCAUAUGGCAUUUUCUCUCGAGCCAGGCACCUCACCAAGCUCAACAUGAACUACAAUGGGCUCACAUCACUCCCACUUGAUAUUGGGUCUUGGCAGAAUAUGGUGGAACUUAACUUGGGUACGAAUCAUUUGACAAAAGUUCCAGAUGAUAUAUCUUGUCUACAGAGCUUAGAAGUUCUUAUUUUGUCAAACAAUAAUCUCAGGAAAAUUCCUUCAAGUAUAGGCAACUUACGCAAGCUUCGGGUGUUGGAUCUAGAGGAGAAUCGUCUAGAAGGGUUGCCACCUGAGAUAGGGUUCCUUAAAGAUCUACAAAGGCUUAUAGUCCAAUCCAAUCAGCUUUCUGCUCUGCCACGUGCUCUGGGGCAUUUAGUCAAUCUAACUUACCUGAGUGUUGGUGAAAAUAACCUGAGUUACCUGCCAGAAGAAAUAGGGACUCUGGAGUCCCUUGAGACUUUAUACAUCAAUGACAAUCCUCAGCUGCACAACCUACCCUUCGAGUUGGCACUCUGCACAAAUUUGCAGAUAAUGUCUAUUGAAAACUGUCCCUUGAGUCAGAUACCUCCCGAGAUUGUGGCUGGUGGCCCAUCUUUUGUUAUCCAAUUUUUGAAAAUGCAGGGUCCAUACCGCACAAUGUGAGGGUGAUGUCCCUCGUUACCAGGAGUCACGUCGGGAGGUCCGAGCAGACAUACAUCAAGAGGAGCAGUCUCAGUGGCUGUUGCUCCCCGGCCGUGCUCUGCCUCUCCUGCACCUCUUACACUGUUCCUGCUGCUCCUACACCCAUAAUUGUAUUUGCUGCUUGUGGUUCAGGCUGGCACAACAGCUGUGGUUCAUGUCCGUACUGCUUGUGGUUCAGGCUUAUGUGACAGCCUGUCAUCAUUGUUGUCACCAGUGACAACUGAAAGGAAUCUAGCCUGUGGACGUGAAACCCAGCAGCCAUCUGUGGCAUUUGGGUGACAGCAGAGAGAAGCUUGGAUGUGUCAGGGACGCAGGCUGCCCAUGUGAAAUGUGAUAUUGUGCUUUUCUUGUUAGGUAUAAGUGUGUCACCAAGCCAGGCUAGAGGAGGACGAGGUGGUAACUGAAACCUGGCCUGGCUUUGGUCAUGUCUGGUGUGAGAAGCAUGGUAUGGGACAGUGGUAAUGGUAGGGAGGUGGCCCCCAUCCACUCUGCCAGUCCUUGUACUGGUCACAGGAGGUAUGAUCAAGUAGGAAAAGACCUCUUUGCUGGUAUGACAAAGGUGGAGCACUUGCUUUACCUUCAUACCAAAACUGAACAAGAGUAAACCAAGUCAUACUGAUGGUAGCAAUGCAAGGAGGAGGGCCCCCUUCCCCCAUUCAACAAUCACCAUGUUGGAAUUAGAAAAUAAAAAAAAUAAAAAAUAAAAAAAUAAAAAGAGAGAAAGUGUGAGUGAGUGUUGUGAGAGUGAGUGUGCCGAAUGCACGCAUGAGAGGAACAACAGCGCUGGUGCUCUGUGUCAGAUGUUGAUUAUGCAUGUAUGGCUGUGCAGGUGUGUGCACAGAGCAGGACAUAUUAGGUAGCACUGGUGGCAUGGCACUGGUCUCCCCCCUACACAAUGGCGUUCACUAUCCAUUAAGUGGCAGCCAUGUGUGACUUCUCCCCCGCUCCACAUUGGCUGCUGUAUGGUUACUGGAUGACGUUGAAGCAGUGCCAGCCACUAGCCCCGCCUCUACUCUGUGCUGCUUAUGUGUGAAUGUCCUGGUGUGUAUAUACUGUAUAUGUAACAUAAGCCUGCUACUAUUAGGUUGCUUCAAACCGUCGCUGUUUUAUCCUCUCAUAAAGUUGCUGUCUCCCAGACCAGUGCUUCAGUGUGUGUGUUUGUAUGUACAAUGUAGUGAGUGUUAAUUGUCACAGAAAUUACACAAAAAGUUUUGUGUGGAUGUGAAUAUCAGUAUUUUCUAGAAAGGCCUGAUUUGCUUUGCUAUGUAAAUAUUUGCUUUAACUAACUCAGUCCAGGAAUAACUAUAUGAAAUUGAUGAAAUUAAAUCAUACUUUGCUUCCUGUGCCAAGCUAAGGCUUUUGUUUUUUGUGUCUAUUUAUAUGAUUUUUAAAAAAUGUUUAGUUACUUUUCAAACUAUGAAACUGACGAGACUAGUUUGGUGGCGACAUCGGACCAGUGUGUCUUGUAUUAAGAAUUAAGUCUUUAUGUAAUACAUUCACAGGAAAUCAUGAAUGUAUUGGAUAGAGUAUUGAGCCAAGAGAGUCUCAUCUAAGCAGGAACGAGUGCCAGCAGUUUGAUGGCCUCAAAGAUACUAGGUGUUGGCAGGUCAUCCCCCUUCUGUCCCCUCAUUCCUGUCAGUAGUAACUUACACUUGGCAAGGAAGAUCAGAGAAAACCUAUUCUUUUAUCAUUGUUAACCUCAUCACCCCCUCCCCCUUGAGGCUCAUUGGUGCUCUACAAGUAGAGCCUCCUCCCCUGGUCAUAGCGAGGUGGAUAAUAUACUCACAGAAAGAAGAGUGAAGCUUCAUGCUUCAAUGUGUCAAUGAUAGAUAAUUUCAAAUGAAUUACACUUCGUCCUAAGUGUCUUUGUCAUCAUGUGAGUUAUAAACCUUAUUUUUUGAGCAGCAAAGACCAAUAAUAUACAAGUGCAAGGUGACCUUGGCAUUAGGCCAGAAAAGAAAUGAAUGCACAAUAAGAAAUCUUGGAAACAGAGACCAUCUUUAAAGAGAUGGUCAACUGACAUAACCUUGCACAUUUAUUUUUAGGUUGAACUGGAAGUGUUUUACACUAGCGUUCAAGCUGCUGCUCUGUGGAGAUUGACAUUUCAUCAACAAGAACUGCAAGGCAGUUAGGUUUUAGUGUACCUUUCAAUGACUGCUGCUGCUGCUAACUCCUUGGAGCAGCUGUGAAUAAUAACCUAGUCAGUGUCCCGUGGGGUGUUGUGCCUGUAGGCUGGUAUGUCACUGGUCUAAGUCACCUCCCACACCAUCCAUUGCUUUGUAGCAUCCACCCCACAGACAUAACCAAUGCUUAUUACUCAAAUGGACAUGCUGUGUAUCAGUCGCCUCUCAAAAAUGUUACUCAAUAAACCUGUAGGUGA